AUGAAUGACUCUGUUGGUUCUACAAUAGAAAAGAUUAAGCUACAAGAACAAGAUAAAGAAAUAAAACUCAAAGAGAAACGGGAAUAUGAAGUAGCAAUAGCUUCUCUGCAAAGGGCCAUUCGUGAAGCAAAGUUUCAAACUGAAAAAUCUAAACAAGAACAGGAGUCUCUUUUAAAUAAAACUGACAUUCUACGUACACAAUUAAUGUUAGAAAAAAUCCGUCGUGAUGCUUUCUCUGCUCAAUUACAUGCCAUGAACAAUGAAUUAGAAGAGUUAAAAAGUAAAUCGAAUAUAGAUAUUCUUAAAGUGUGGGAGCAACGAUCAUCUUAUUGUAAAGAAAUACAAUCUGCUUCCGAUAAGUAUGAUAUUUGGGGUCUCCUUAUAAAGCCAGUUUCUUCAGAACCUAUUAUAAGAACAGUGAAAGAAUCUGAUAAUAAUGAUCAACAGUUGUUAGUAAACCAAGCUAGAUUAGAAGCUGCUAUUGUGAGGCGUAAUAAAGCUAUAGCUGAGCGAGACCGAUUGAAAGCUGAACCCGAUAACGGUGAAGAAUUUAUUCGG